AUGGCAGACAUAGAUGGCCAAGAGUCGCAAUUGGAAGCAAGAAUACUGGAGGCGGGUAUCAAGGACUCGAGUAUCAAAGAUAACGAAAAAAAACGGGAAGAAUUGCUUCAAAAUCAACAAGUUCGGUACUUUAAUGAUCUCUUUGAAAAACAUCAACAUUUACCGGUGAAAGUAUCACAUAUAGCCAUCAACAAUUCUCAGGAUGUGCGAACAGAAGUGUUACAGUCGAUGGUGGAUGCCACAGUAGGAACUGCGAUAAAUUUGCAACAAUUGUGCGAGAAAUCUGAUCUUCUUGCGCUAAAAUUGGUUUCGAGCGGGCUUGCUGAAAAUGCGGCUCAAACGUUAGACAGUAGAGGUACUUUCAAAGUUCCCUUGGAUUCUGCUGCUGCCCCUAAUCUGUGGUCUGUGUCUGGUCGGCGUGGCUCGUCAGAAACGCUGUCCGUGAUCGACGUCGUACCGAAGGUCGAACUUCUUCCUGUCAAGAAAUUCUCUGCAAAGACCGGAACAAACGUAGGAAAUGGUGAAGGAGACGGCUAUUUGCAAUUCCAAUGGCGGAACGCCUUUGGAGGAGGUGAAAAAUUCACAUUUGAUGCUACAAAAGGUACCAAGACGCAUUCCUCGUAUUUGUUGGCUUAUUCUCAACCCGUGUCGCCCUGGUGGUUUUGGGAUUCAAUGCUUUUCAAGAACUCACGGGAGAUGGGGAGAGCCGAGCUACUUUUGAGGGGCAUUAAGCUGUCUCUGCGAAGCGAUUUUAUCAAGGGAAAGAAUCUGAACCAUGAACUUUCCUUCGAAAGUGUGUGGAGGUCUACUAAAGCCGCAUCCAGUAGCAGCUCCAAUUAUCUUUUAAGUCAGUGUGGCGAUGACCUGAAAAACGCUUUGAGUCACAGCCUAUACUGGGAUACCAGGAACUCGACAACUUUUCCCACGCGUGGUUCUCAUUACAGAGUUACUAACGAAUUGGCACUGGGUCGAUAUGUGAAAAGCAGCUUAGAAGCAUUUAAAGUGAGAAGCUGGCUCGACAAAGAUUUCAUAACCACGAGCUUCACGCUCAGAGGUGGAUACUUGAAGAGCUUCAGUGCGGCAAGGAGGCAAACGCAUUUUGCCGAUAAAUUCCAUGUUGGUGGCAGUAAUGAUGUUAGAAGUUUCCAACUUAUGGGAUUGGGACCUAAGGAUCAUCUUGAUUCGAUGGGUGGGGACGCUUUCCUAGCGUACGGGUUUAGCACAUUCAGUAGAUUGCCCAUCAAGAGGUGGUCUAAUUCGAGUUUUAGAUUGCACGCAUUCUUCAAUGGUGGUCGUCUGAUAAGCCAUGGCAACUCGGAUAUACAAACACUUGCGAAAUGCUUGUUUUCACAGCAUUCCACGUCGAUGGGUUUGGGACUCGUAUUUGCUCAUCCAAUGGUACGAUUUGAAAUUAAUUUCACAGUCCCACUUACCGCGCAUUCCAGCGAUUCAAUCAGAAAGGGUUUCCAGUACGGAAUUGGACUGUCGUUCCUGUGA